AUGGAAGCCUGUGAACCAACCCUUGUGCAUGACGCGUCUGAGGAAACAGGCUGGGUUGACGUCGACGAUAUCCCUGAUAAUUUGGCAGGAAAUAAUGAAGAUGCCUUUUCUUAUUCAGUCAGCGAUGAAGAUGAAGAUCCGAAUCAUCCAACAUUUUCAUGUUUGGGAGAAUUUCGGGAUGAAAGUGCCGAGAGUGAGGAU